AUGUACCCAAUCUACCUUAUUGAAAAUGCCAAAACUCCCAGCAGCUCUCGUCAGACUGUAGACGAAGAGCUACAAAACAAUCCUUCAAAUUACCUUUUCCAUGAUACACAUGCCGUGAUGGUUGAUGGAGAGUCCUGGACACUUACCGGAUUAACCUUGAAAGAAGCAAAGCUCAUCGAGGAUACUUCAUAUUUACAACAAGCCAGAAAAAGAGAAGGAGUUUUGGAUUGCGGCCUGGGUCCGACCUUGAAUGACGGUAAGGCAAGAAUCGUAUUUGCAGUAAGCCGCUUGGAACAAUUCCAAUACUGUCCAAGGAGAUUCACCGACAAAAACACCCUUUUGGGUGUACGCUGUCUUCAAAUUAAGGAUUCGUUAGCUCCGCUCGAGUAUGCGUUUUCCAAUACGUUGCUUGAUAAGUAUAGGACGCUCAAUCCCGGUACCUAUAGUUCUACUGAAGGGCAGCUGAGCGACGAAGUCCCUCUUAGGCUAGAAUCGUACUAUAAAGCACCCCUGCUGUUUUCCAUUCUGCCUCCUUCACGAAUCAUCACACCUGGAUCGAAAGUGCCGACUUUCAUGGAAUUAAGGCUCUGUCAAAACGAUGGUUCUUUGUGCGACUAUCGAAAAGGCCUUCUGGUCUCGAAAAUCAAACUUGUAGUAGAGGAGCACACCUUGUGCAAGAUUCAGUCGAAAGAAGGUUUCAGUUUUGAGAAAAACGUCAGAGAUUUUGUGGGUCAUAAAUUGCUGAAGAACUUCACAAUCCCUUUUAGCGCCUUUCAAAGCAAUGGUACCUCCUACACCGCCCCAAUUCCAACGGACCAUUAUCCUUUUGUUUUCCCCAGAACCGGGCCUUCGUUCUACACUGAAGACUUUUCAAGAACCUACACUGUUCGAAUCGAAAUGACGAUUUGCUGUAAUUUGAAACAAGUCCAAUGGCACUUAUCGACCCUGAUGAAUGUGGAUGUCGCUAUAGAGCAUCAUUUAUCCUCCUCCAAGCCAGCCUUUCAGCCUGUGUUGGAGGACUAUUUGUUGCUAAUUGACAAAGUUCCAAAAUCACCUCUGAUCUUGCUGGAUGUUGCCAGUACUUCUGCAAUGAGAGUUUCCAGCAUACCGUCAGGGUGUCUAUCUUACUCCACCAUUUCGAUACCUCGAGAUGACCAUGUUGUGGCGUUGACGAUGAUUAAUCUUCCACAAUGGCACGAUGGAAAAGAAACCUCUUUUGGUUCGAAACGGUUCAAAAUGUCUGGAGACUACGCCUUGGUCAUGACGGAAAAAGGCUGGUCUUUGGUGGAAUACAAAAACGAUAAAUACAUGGAUACCGGUCAUUUUUUGAACCUCGAAAAAUUCACCUGGUUUAUUCAGCCUUAUCCGUAUUCGUAUUCGUAUCCUUAUUCAAAGGAAGGAGCAACCUUAUUGCUAUAUUUGGAUCACCCCUAUAGAGUGUUUUCAUGUUCUGCUUUAGAAGAGUACUAG